UGGCGAUAAAAAAAGUCAACCAGCUGCAGCCACCAUUUCUUGCGCCAAUGGGGCAUCCCUCCUCCAUUCACAGCUUCUACCUGUACAGCGAGUACAUGGCCACAGCCGCCGCCGCCGCGACGUCGUCUUCGUCGUCGUCGUCCUCGGACUCGCUUCCGUUCAGCAUGGUUUGCGGCGACGAGGCGCCCGCGGCCGUGUCCUGGCGCGCCGCGGACGCCGAGGUCUCGGUGGCGGCGGUCCCCGGCGCGGGGCUGCGUCAGGCGCCUAGCAAGGGCGCGUUCAUCGGGGUGCGGAGGCGGCCGUGGGGGAGGUUCGCGGCGGAGAUCCGCGACUCCACGCGGAACGGCGCGCGGGUGUGGCUCGGCACCUUCGACAGCGCCGAGGCCGCCGCGAUGGCCUACGACCAGGCGGCGCUGUCCGCCCGGGGCUCCGCGGCCGCGCUCAACUUCCCCGUGGAGCGCGUGCAGGAGUCGCUCCGAGCGCUGGCGCUGGGCGGCAACGCGGCCGGUGCCUCUGCCUCCGCGGGGGGCUCGCCCGUGCUGGCGCUCAAGUCGCGGCACUCGAAGAGGAAGCGGCGCAAGAAGUCCGAGCUUCUGGCGGCGGCGGCAGCAAAAGGCGCGGCGGCAGCAGCAAAAGCCACGGCGGCGGGCGGCAGGAGCCAGAUCAAGAACGCCGCGGCGGCGGCCGAGCAGCAGCGCUUCGUCGUGGAGCUGGAGGACCUCGGCGCCGAGUACUUGGAGGAGCUCCUCAGAAUCUCGGAGAGCUAUAGCAGCUAAGUGAUCACUGAUGCGCGCGCGCGUCUGCUGAUGAAUUCAAAGGUAGAGCUUGGGCCUUGAGGAAUCAAUAUAAUCAAUCAUCGACGCCAUCAAUGUUCAAGCCACCUUAUUUAUAUAUAUACUUGGUGUUCGCAAUGAGAUGAAUCGAUCGAUCGAUCAUAUAUAUACACAGUACUAGUUAUUUUAGAAGUUCUGUGAUUUAGUCGUUGCUCGCUUGAUUUUUAGAGUCAGCAGAUCUAUAUCCGCACCUGCAAUUCGCUAUCGUAUGCACGGAUUGCUGAACAGUACUAUCCGCUUAAA